AUGCAUCUCCGCCCAGGACACGCAGAGGCAAGCAUCCCAGUGCUACAACGGCUCAUCAGGGAAAACCCUCUGGGAAUCCUAACAACAGCCAUCAAAUCCCCCACAUACCCUUUCCUCCAGUCCAGCCACAUCCCCUUUCUCAUCGACUUGCCUGACAACCCCUCAGACGAGAACCCAGGCACCCUCCGCGGCCAUAUCGCCAAACAAAACCCGCAAGCUAAAGCCCUGAUUGACGCCCUCACAACAAUCCAGUCCGAAAAAGGCGAUGCCGAAGCCCUCGAACUCCCCGACGAAGUCCUCGUCCUCUUCAAUGGCCCUCACCACCACUACGUAACCCCGAAAUUCUACACAGAGACUAAACCUGCUACGGGAAAGGUCGUACCAACAUGGAACUACUCCGCUGUGCAGGCCUACGGCAAGGUCAAGGUAUACUGUGACUCGAAGUCCGAUAUCACGAGUGGGUUUUUGCAGAAGCAGAUUGAGGAUCUGUCGCAACAUGCAGAGACGGGGAUUAUGGGGUAUGCGUCGCCGUGGAAGGUGGCUGAUGCGCCGGAUAACUAUGUGCAGUUGCUGAAGAAGAACAUUAUUGGGAUUGAGAUUCAGAUUGAAAGAUUGCAGGGCAAGUUUAAGAUGAGUCAGGAGAUGGGGAAGGGAGACCGGGAGGGUGUUAUUGAGGGGUUUGAGAAGUUGGGAACGGCGACGGGUGAGGGAAUUGCGAAGACUGUUCGUGAGAGAUCGGAAUAG